AGCAACAUGUAUAAUCCGAAUACAGAUAGACCUGAAGUAUUCGAUAUAUUGAAAUACUGCUACUACUUUGCAAAGCAAACAGAGAAAAACAGAGGAAAUGAAAUGAUGAAAUUGGAAAUGAAGAAGAAAAGUAGGGCAAUUUAAUUUGUUAUAGUUCCAGUAAGCAAAUCAUAUCUCUUUCGUUCAACUCAGCUUAGGCGUCUUAAUAUUGCAUCAUGUUAUGGCGAGCUGUAUGAUACCUGGACUACAGCUUUGAGAAAGUUUCCGUUAUUGGAGGAACUCGGCCUUUACUCAACAGAAAUCACCAAAGAAGCAAUUGAAACUGCUGGUCGUUAUUGCCCCCUGCUAAAAACACUCAAAGUGAACAGUGCAGCUAACAUAUGUAUUUGUGAUGAGUCGUCUGAUGAGAUAGCCAUAGCUAUUGGCAAAAACUUAAUUGAGUUACGAGACCUUGAACUUAUUGGAAGCAGCAUGUCAAAUAUUGGGUUGCAGGCAAUUCUGGAUGGUUGUUGUCACCUUGAAUCACUUGACUUGCGUAAUUGCUUGUGCAUAUAUUUCAAGGGAACGAUGGGCAAACGAUGUUUGGAACAGAUCAAAUAUCUAAAACGGCCCAAUGAUUUUCUUAAAGGCUGUCCAUAUAUGUAUCUAAAUGAGAACGUGACAUAUGAUGGACAGUCCGGAUUUUAUUCAGAUUAUUCUGAUGAGGAAUCUGAUGGAUGUUUUUACUCUGAUGAGAUAUCUGAUGGAUAUAUAUACUCUGAUGAAGACUCUGAAGGCUUUGUUGACUUUGAUAAAUCCACUGACCAUGACAAUGAAGAUGACAACUACAAUGAUGAUGGCGGUUAUGAUGAUGAUUUCACUAACCUUUGAUGAGUACAACGAGAUGCUUGUCAUGAUAGUUUGUUAUGAAAGCUGCUGCUGUUUUCAAGAACUCCUUGUUUGCAUUGCUCCUGAAACUCAGACCGUCCAUGCAAAAAUUAAUACAGCACAACUACAUCGAAGUACACAUGCUCUGUUGGAUCCAUCGGUAAUCAGGUCAUCUCCGACUUAUCUACAGCUGAUAAGUCAAGGCUAUCCUUGACAAAGGUUGGACAACUACUGUAACAUACUUCUUCAUCCUAACUUUCAACUUUUUCCCAGCAGCCCGAAAGUCUGCAGCCAAACCACAUUGAGGCAAAUUUUACAUAAGUUUUUUGAUGUCUACAUGAACUUCAUAUUUGCAGCUAUGUUUCCAUGUAUUCAUUUUUUAGCCAUCAUUUCCACAUACUUUUAUUGCAUGUAAUCUCAUUUUGCCUUCCAUAUCCUUUGUAUCCAAUAAAAGGAGGUUACGGCUGGUGUCAUGUUCCCUCUCUAAGAUUUAAAUUGUCGGCGUAUCUAGUGCAGCUUUGACAUUGUAUCUAAUUUGAAGCAAGAACGACAAAACAGUAUAUUCUUGCUCUUC